UCAACAUCUGUAUAUUUUUUAAUUUAAUUAUUAAGAUGAAAUACCUUUAUUACCCUUUUAACAUAAAAUUGGAAUUAAUCAACACCAGAUCAGAACUCAUUUCACGACCUCCAGUCUUUCAGCUUCAUCUUCAACCCCAAUUUUCAAUUUUUGUUCUUCCACCUCAGUUUUUGUUCAACCUCAUCAUUCUAAGCUUCGUCGGAGGGCUCUCCUGGGCCACCGACAAUGAUGCGCUGUUGAGGGCCUUUUCUCCGUUGAUCAUCAACGAUUGCGAGACCGGGAGGUCCAGGGGCUUCAGCUUCAGCUUCGGCUUCGUCACCUUCAGCAACGAGAAGGCCAUGAGGGACGCGAUCGAAGGCAUGAACGACUAGAACUUCGACGACUGUAACAUCACCGUCAACGAGGCCCAGUCUUGUGGAAGCGGCAGUGGUAGUAACAGAGGUUACAGCCACGGAGGUGGCGACAUCGCAUUGCCUAUUUGAUUUGAUUUUUCUCUUUUUCUCUAUCUUUGGUUUAAAUGUGGAAAAUGGAUUAAAAAAACAAUUUGUAGGUGUUUUCUGAAUUUUAGUUUGCUAUCUGGUGUUGGUUGAUUUUGAAUUGGUUAUAUGUGU